AACAAACGUACGUAUACGUAGAGAAAUGACGACGAGUUCUUUGAUAUCUUAGUAAUACCGUCGUCGCACGUAAGUCCUUCUUCGUCAAAGAAAUACCUUUAACCUAAAAGCCAUACGCUAUCGCUGAAAAUAAUUACCCGACGACAAUAUCACGAAACGUUUCGUCUUAUCUCAUAGGAAAAAGAAAGAAGAAGAACAAAAAUGAAGAAGAAAAAGGAGAAGAAAAAAAAUAUGCAAACAUUAACGAUUAGAGUUUUUCCUAUAAAUAAAGCUGGUCGGGCCCACCGUACGUGUUAUAAUUGUACGACCAAACGAGAAAUCACUCGUCGUUUUUCAAAAGCAAUGAUCCGAUUCAACAGAACAGUCUUUAUUUUUCUUCUUCUUCUCGGUGCAGUUCGUUUUCAGAACGUCGAAGCUACGAUCGAUAUUUUCAAGAUAAUCGAACCGACACGGCGUUUAUAUUGUCAAAUAAAUUGCGUUGAUCUCAACAGUUGGAAUUUCAUUUGGAACUCGUUAUGUUUGAAAUUAUGUCCCGAAUUAGUAUUGCUUGUGACCACCGUUACGUCCGCACAGACGACGGAAAAUGGCGUUUCUACAUCGGCGCCGAUAAUUAUGACGAUGCCAGGUACAUCCACUUCGACCGGUGGUGUACCAUCCUCGACUACGUCGAGUUCAGGGAUGACAAUGAGUACGAUUGCAUCAACUUCUUCUGCAUCAACUCCUCCUGCAUCAACUUCUUCUGGAACAACUUCUUCUGGAACAACUUCUUCUGGAUCAACUUCUUCUACAGCAACAACUUCUACAGCAUCUACUACAAGAACUAUGAUGUAGGGAUCAUUGAUCCGAGUGAUUUCUCAUCUCAUAAUUGUUGAUCAUCUCAUCGAACAAAUACAAGAUGGCGUUGCAUGUUCAAUUAUAAAUACGAUGAUAAAUUAAUAAUGUUCAUAGGUUUGUUCAUAUGUUCGAAUCUAUCUAUUGCGUUUAGAGAAAACGUAAAUAUUUUUUCUUCAUUUCUUUUUUUUUUUUUUUCUUUUGUUUUUUCUUCUGUAACUCCGCAUAUUACUUUAUCUACUUAAU